AUGGACUUUCAAACGUGCUAUGUAUAUGAUCCACCCGCUCGUAACUCGGACCGCCCAGUGAAAAAGCGCCGAAUUGAGCCACUGCAAGGCCUCCAAACCUCGUGGCCUCUUCGUAGGUCACUAUACCAACGCCUAUGGGCCAAACAGCAGCAUCGUCUUAAGAGUUUACUUUUGGAGAUCAACGAAUCAACCAUCAACCAAAUCUCUACUUUUGUCGAGUCCACUUCUCCUCAACCAGCUCCCGGCAAGGUCUCUUCGGCCAUCAUUCUCACUGGUCCAAGUAUUGCAUCACACGCUUUGCUCUUUUCACAGUUAUCCAGCAGCAUUGGCCAAUCUGAUGGAAGUAUCUUCAUCCCUUUGACCUCUGCCUUGGCUCCCAAUCUCAAGACCUUGCUCAAAAAUCUCAUCUCGAGAGGAACUUCUUCUGACGCUCGAUCCGAUGAUGAAGAUGAGGUCGAUGCUGUCAACCCAACUCGCAAACGUACACGUCUGCUGAAUUAUGAUCUUCAACUGUUGUACGACUAUACACAAGAGAAAGACUUGUCUCGAGUUGUUGUUGCAUUUCAGGACUGUGAAGCCUUCGAUGGCGCGCUUCUAUCGGAUGCAAUCGAGCUGUUGACUCUUUGGCAAGACAGAAUACCUUUUGUCUUCUUCUUUGGUGUUGCUACAUCCAUCGAGAACUUUUCUGUCAAGUUGUCCAAGAAGGCUACUCGCUGCAUCCACGGUCAACGAUUUGAUGUUGUCAAGGCAGAAAGUGCUCUCGAACAGAUCACUGAUGCUCUAUACUCAUCCCCUGAAUCUAGUACCCCCGAUCUCUGGUUAGGUCCUGGCAUUUGCUCUGCCACGCUACGUCGUCAACGAGAGCAUAUUCAGAGUCUCGACGCUUUCGUGGACAGUGUUCAGUAUGCAUACCUAUCACAUUUCUAUGCCAAUGCUCUUAGCAUCUUCCUCGAUGACACCGUCGCAGAGGCAGAUAUAUCAGCUGAACACUUUGAAGCUCUACGAAACCUCCCUUCUUUUCAACAACAUGUGGAAACAAUGCUCGAGAACGGUGAAGCUUUGAUACCUCAACGCCUUGUAAACAACAACGCAUAUCUUCUUGAACAUCUCAAACGGCAGAUCUUGUCUGGACAUCAAGCUCUGGAGAAGAUUUUGAGCAUGGUAGAGAUGACCAUGGCGCUACAGAAGCGCAUCCCAGCUCUACAACAGCAACUCAAGUCGACACUACUAGUCGAUGCCCUCGCUGGCCAACUCAGAGACUCAAACUUUGAGAAAAACUUGUUCAUGUGCUUGAAGAAGUCAAACUCGGAGGCUUUACUACUGACACUACAGGACGUCCUAUCAAUCCCGUCUGGAUACCUGCAUAAUACAUGCACUAAGCUACUCACCGAACUCGAAAAGCUACAAGCCCAACAGAAAGACGGCGAAACCCUCCGCAGCGAACAAGACCUCCACAACGCAACCCUCCGAACAACCGUCGUCGCCAAAAAAGUCGAACUCAGCAAACAAAAGUCCACCCUCACAAAAUCCGACGCCGCAUACUCCGAUCUCCUACGCCGCUUCAUCGAAGCCCUAGAAGCACACUUCGAUGCAACUCUCAUCGAUCCCAAAGACUUGAUGUUUAAUGAGGUUUUCAUGUAUGAUCUCAAGUCACCUCAUCGCGAUGUCUUUACCCCAAAGCCCAGAGCUGCUAUCGAGCGUGCUUUGGCUUCUCCGCACGAUUACUUGGAUUGCGAGUGUUGUGCGCCGGAUGCAGGGACAGGUGCUGAGAAUACGUUGGCGGCUACUCAGCCUUCGACUGCUAUUCUGUAUCAGUUGUAUCUUGAGGGCGGAGCUUUGAUGAAUGUUGCCGACCUGCGAACUGCAUUUGUGACGGUGUUGGGAGAUGGCCAGGAUGAAACUUUGACAAAUGCUUUGUUCCAGCGUUCUCUGGCUGAAUUGCGAUAUCUGGGACUGGUGAGAGGUACAAGGAAGAAAGCAGACCAUGUCAUGAAGAUAUCGUGGAAAGGUGUCUGA